AUGUCAGUCACGUGGUUUCUCACUGGUGCAUCCCGUGGAAUUGGCCUUGAACUUACCAGGCAGCUCCUAGAGUCAUCUUCUAACACUGUGUUUGCCACCUGUCGUUCUCCUGCCACAGCCUUUGCCCUCGAUGCUCUCAAAUCCAGUUCCGGGAUACUCCACGUCGUCCAAAUCGAUGUAAUGGACGAAGUCAGUAUCAAGGCUGGGUGUUCAAGAGUUCUAGAGCUUCUCAAUGGCACUGGACUGGACUACGUCAUUAAUAACGCUGCGAUCAGCCCCGUCACAGACUUGCCAUCUAGCUUCGAUCCAGUGUUUGCAGAGACGAUCAAGUGCAAUGUCACAGGUCCAGCACUGGUUACACGCUUCCUUCUCCCAGCCAUCGAGAACAGCAGCCGCAAAGUCAUUGUCAACAUCAGCUCCUCUCUUGCCAGUAUUAGCAAAGAUCUCGGGCCCAAAUUAACCGGCUACAGCAUCAGCAAGGCGGGGCUUAACAUGCUUACGUACAAACAAAUGCGUGAGCGUCCCGACUUCAUCCCCAUCCUCAUGGACCCCGGUUGGGUAAAGACAGACUUGGGCGGCGAGCGUGCGAAGAUUGAGACUCAUGUCUCUGUGACGGGCAUUCUGAAUGUCGUGGACACAAACUUACGUUGGCUGACGCGGGCAAGUUUUACAAACUAUUUGGGGAAGCAGAUUCCGUGGUAG